UUACAUCACAGUGUCCUUGCGAGAGCUAGUUGUGGGUAAAGGCUAACACACAAACGGGACCUCUAUAGCAGCUUAAGUUACCUUUCUCGGUAAGUUAUGUCUGUGAAACACGCCAUUAGCCGGGGGCUCGAGUUGGGCCGGUCGGUCUUUCAGAUGGGGCUCCUCAAGUCAGGUGGCCGAGUCGCAGCGAAGCUCCGAGCUGACCGUUUCCGUGUAGGCCCGUCGGUCCGCACCGUUCAGCCUCAGGCUUUCCUGCCGUCUCGGUACCGCUAUUACCGCACCUCUCUGAAGGGCCUGGCAGCCCAGCUUCAGUCCGCUGGCUUUAGGAGGAGGUUUACCGGCUCGUCCCCGCGUAACAGGGCCGUGUUUUUGGCUUUCGGCCUCGGUGUGGGUCUCAUCGAACAGCAGCUGGAGGAUGACAGGAAGACUGCAGCGACAUGCCAGGAGAUCCAGGCUGUAUUCAGAAAGAAAAGAUUCCAGGGCCCACUCAAGCCGUUCAUCUCUGGGUAUAAACUGGAGGACUACUUCAUAGGGAACCAGAUCGGGAAAGGGUCCAAUGCGGCUGUGUACGAGGCUGCAGCUCAGUUUGCCCCCCCAACGGAGACUGACAGAAAGUCCCUGGUGCAAAUGAGAGAUGAUGAAGAGGAAAGUCAGACGACUCGAUCACUGACAUGCUGCUCACUGAGAAACUUCCCUCUGGCUAUCAAGAUGAUGUGGAACUUUGGGGCGGGAUCAUCAAGUGAGGCAAUAUUAAAAUCCAUGUCUCAGGAGCUGGUGCCUGCAGGCCCUCUUGCCUUAAAGCAGGACAAAGAACAAAUUGCUCUGGAUGGACAUUUUGGUGUCCUGCCCAAAAGAGUGUCAGCACACCCGAAUGUGAUUAGAGUGUACCGGGCUUUCACAGCAGACGUCCCAUUGCUACCGGGUGCCCAGGAAGAGUAUCCAGAUGUGCUACCAGCCAGACUGAACCCUGCCGGCCUGGGCAACAACCGCACUCUUUUCCUGGUCAUGAAGAACUAUCCCUGCACGCUGCGACAGUACCUGGAAGUUUCCACACCAGGCCGCAGGCAGGGCUCCCUGAUGGUCCUGCAGCUCCUCGAAGGGGUCGACCACCUGUGCAGACAGGGUGUUGCUCACAGGGAUCUCAAAUCGGACAACGUGCUGCUGGAGUUCGACUCAGAUGGUUGCCCUCGUUUAGUGAUUUCUGACUUUGGCUGCUGUCUGGCCCAGAAUGACUCUAAUCUGCAGCUGCCCUUCAACAGUGUCUGGGUCAGCAGAGGGGGAAAUGCCUCCCUUAUGGCUCCUGAGGUGACCACUGCAGUUCCGGGAUGUGGUGCGGUGAUUGACUACAGCAAGGCUGAUGCCUGGGCUGUGGGUGCAAUUUCCUAUGAGAUAUUCGGACAGCAAAACCCAUUCUAUCGAGCAGGGGGGCUGGAAAGCAGGAAUUACCAGGAGAAGCAGCUCCCUUCUCUGCCCUCUGGUGUUCCAGCUGAUGUGCAGUUGGUGAUACGAUUACUCCUCAGGAGGAACCCAGGCAAGCGCCCCAGUGCCCGUGUGGCAGCUAACAUGCUACAUCUCAGCCUCUGGGGUCGGAGGGCCCUGGCCAAUCAGGACAGCGCUGGCAUGAGGAAGCUGGCUGAUUGGUUGCUGUGCCAGUCUGCUGUGGUUCUUCUGAAGGGAUGCAGCGGACCCAGUGGGAACAAGGUGGAGGCGGAGCUUCAGAGGAGCUUCCUGUCCAACCUGGACCUGGAGGACCUACGCACUGCUGUAGGCUUCCUCCUCUAUGGGCGGGAACAGGCCUGCAUACUGUCUGCAUAGAUUCACUCAGAUGCAUAACUUAGAGUGUGGUUAAACUGGGAGCCUAUAGAGUUAAGUCUUGCUUUAAUAUUCACUCAGACAUCUCUAGUUGUAGUGUUUGUAGACUUAUCCAGAACACCUAAUGGAUGUGUAGUGGAGCAAAACCCCAGCACUCUUAUACUGUUACGUGACAUCUCUGCAUUUAUUGUGAAAUGGUACAAUUCACCCUUUUGAUGCGUCUACCUCUCCCAAAACUGUGUUGUUCUAUGCUCCCAAGGUGUUGAUUUGCAUUUCCCACAAUAAGUUUUCACAAAUUAGUGAAUUUGUUUCACUUAGCAUCUCUACUAUACUAGCAGAAGUUCAAAAUGCAGCAUGUCUCAUUAAUGUAUUGCAUGUAGGACUAUUGAGGCUUCUGCUGGUGUAGGAAUCACCUUAGCAUCCCUGUAUUAAGAAUUUUUUUAAAAUCGCGUUGUUAGUAGUAACGGCUGCUGGUAAUUCUGUGGAGAAUGGAGUGGACAGUGGAUGCAUUAUUUUUUUUAAGCUCUGAUGCACUUUUAAGAUGUUUGCAAGGCAAAGCCCCGCACUCACAUUUAUUUUUACAACUGUGCAGAAGUUUUGUACUGAUGAAAGUGGAGGCCAAUGCAGAUAUUUUAGAUUCAACUGAAACAAUAUAUUGUACUAGACUCUACUGUGUAGGGUUGCCAAUGGGUGUCUGUCUAGGUUAGCAGCCACUACAUUUAUCCUGCACACUUAAUUCAUGGAACAUCUCUCUAAAAUGUUAGUACAUAACAAGCACAAUGAUCUUGGGUAAGUCAUGCAGAGUGGCCCAUUUCUGUUUGCACUUUAUGUCCAUGUUUGCACAUGCUCAGAUCUGUCAGUGUGGCUUUCUGAUUUUUGUUUUGUUGCCAGCUUAUAUAUGAUACCUAAUAGGCGGUAAACUGAAUGUAGGAACUUAACCAUUCACACUACACUAUGAUUUGCUAUCAACUAGUUAAGUCUACAAUGUGCUUCCUGAAAUAUCACAAAAUUGUGUGAAUAGUUGGAGGUGCAAGAUAAGGAGUGUGUAAAUGGUUUCAUACAAAAGAUUUAGAGAAAUAUUUUGGAUAUAUGUAGAUUUUUUGGGUGUGUUUGAGAAUAAAAGGGUCUGAAAGAGCA